AGGCGCCUAAUCAUCGCCACUGGGCGAGAGCGCUAGCCGUCCCCAGGGAAGGGACACAAUGAUUGAGGCUUAACCUCUGAAGGGGAAUUGAGAGCUGCGCUUCCUCGCUGCCAUUUCGAUGCUGGCAGAGCUUCCCUGGUCUGGGCGAGCACCCGCGGGCCGUGGCUGCAAAGGUCACAGCGGAGUGAAUCAGCUCGGUGGUGUCUUUGUCAACGGGCGGCCGCUGCCGGAUUCCACCCGGCAGAAGAUCGUGGAGCUCGCACACAGCGGGGCCCGGCCGUGCGACAUCUCCCGAAUUCUGCAGACCCAUGCAGAUGCAAAAGUCCAAGUGCUGGACAAUCAAAACGUGUCCAACGGAUGUGUGAGUAAAAUCCUGGGCAGGUAUUACGAGACUGGCUCCAUCAGACCCAGGGCAAUCGGUGGUAGUAAACCGAGAGUAGCGACUCCAGAAGUUGUAAGCAAAAUAGCCCAGUAUAAGCGGGAGUGCCCGUCCAUCUUUGCUUGGGAAAUCCGAGACAGAUUACUGUCCGAGGGGGUCUGUACCAACGAUAACAUACCAAGUGUGUCAUCCAUAAACAGAGUUCUUCGCAACCUGGCUAGCGAAAAGCAACAGAUGGGCGCAGAUGGCAUGUAUGAUAAACUAAGGAUGUUGAAUGGGCAGACCGGAAGCUGGGGCACCCGCCCUGGUUGGUAUCCCGGGACUUCGGUGCCAGGGCAACCCACACAAGAUGGCUGCCAGCCACAGGAAGGAGCGGGGGAGAACACCAACUCCAUCAGCUCCAAUGGAGAAGACUCAGAUGAGGCUCAAAUGCGACUUCAGUUGAAGCGGAAGCUGCAGAGAAAUAGGACAUCCUUUACUCAAGAGCAGAUUGAGGCCCUGGAGAAAGAGUUUGAGAGAACCCAUUAUCCAGAUGUGUUUGCUCGAGAAAGACUAGCAGCCAAAAUCGAUCUACCUGAAGCAAGAAUACAGGUAUGGUUUUCCAAUCGAAGGGCCAAAUGGAGAAGAGAAGAAAAGCUGAGGAAUCAAAGAAGACAGGCCAGCAACACACCUAGUCAUAUCCCCAUCAGCAGUAGUUUCAGCACAAGUGUCUACCAACCAAUCCCACAACCCACCACGCCCGUUUCCUCUUUCACAUCUGGCUCCAUGUUGGGCCGAACAGACACAGCCCUCACAAACACGUACAGCGCUCUGCCGCCCAUGCCCAGCUUCACCAUGGCAAAUAACCUGCCUAUGCAACCUCCAGUCCCCAGCCAGACCUCCUCGUAUUCCUGCAUGCUGCCCACUAGCCCGUCAGUGAAUGGGCGGAGUUAUGAUACCUACACUCCCCCACAUAUGCAGACACACAUGAACAGUCAGCCAAUGGGCACCUCGGGCACCACUUCAACAGGACUCAUUUCUCCUGGUGUGUCAGUUCCAGUUCAAGUUCCCGGAAGUGAGCCUGAUAUGUCUCAAUAUUGGCCAAGAUUACAGUAAAACGAAAAGGAAGAAGAAGAAGAAGAGGAAGUAUCAGGAAAGCACAGUCAGUGACCAUGUGGACGCAACAGUUAAGAGUUCAGGAAAGAAAGAAAAAUGGCUGUUAGAAGCACUUCAGUUCUGCAACUGUGUCCCGUGUGGAAUCACUUUGGAAUGAACUUGAAACAAGGACCUUUGCAUACAGAAGGCACGAUAUCAUUUGGAACAAAUCUUCAUUUUGGUAUCCAAACUUUUAUUCAUUUUGGUGUAUUAUUUGUAAAUGGGCAUUUGUAUGUUAUAACGAAAAAUAAGAACAAUGUAGCCUGGAUGGAUGUUUGAACUGUGUUGGUCAUGAAGGUGUUUAAAAGAAAAAAAAAAAAAAAAGGAAACCGUGAUCAACAAGCUUUUUUUUUUUCCCAUGAAUUUAAGUUUUAUCAAGAUAUAUCGAAUACUUCUACCCAUCUGUUCAUAGUUUACGGACUUACGUUCCAAGUUUGUAUCAUUCCUUCGCGUCUAAUUAAACCUGGAACAACAUGCACUAGAUUUAUGUAAGAAAUAUCUGUUGGUUUUCCAAAGGUUGUUAACAGAUGAACUUUAUGUGCAAGAAGGGUAAAAUAUAAAUUCAAGGAGGAAAAAAGUUGAUAGCUAAAAGGUAGAGUGUGUCUUCGAUAUAAUCCAAUCUGUUUUAUGUUAAAAUGUAAGUAUUUGUCUUCCCUAGAAAUCCUCAGAAUGAUUUCUAUAAUAAAGUUAAUUUCAUUUAUAUUUGA